GACUUCAACAAUGGCUUGGAGGCCAGUUCAGACUCUGAUGACGAGGACAAGCUACACAUCGUGGAGGAGGACAGCCUGCAGGAGCCCGAGGUCGCCAGCGCUGAGGGGACCACGCCACAGGACAGCCAUGAUGCCACCGCAACAGUAUUACCCCUCAACGGCUCCUGGAAUGGAGUGAAGGAGGAAUAUGUGUCAGAGGAGGAGGAAGAGGAGGCAGUGAAGGAUGCACUAGUGGAGGAGAUUCUCCAGCAGGGAGACACAGCCAUCAUCUAUCCCGAAGCCCCUGAUGACGAGCAGAGUCCGGUGGAGACCGGAGGCGCUGAUGAAAACGGCACCCCCGACUCCUUCUCCCAGUUGCACACUUGCCCCUACUGCUCCCGGGGCUACAAGCGCAACGCCUCGCUGAAGGAGCACAUCAAGUAUCGCCACGAGACCAGCGAGGACAACUACAGCUGCUCACACUGCAGCUACACCUUCACCUACCGCUCACAGCUGGAGAGGCACAUGAGCCACCAUAGAGGCUCCAGGGAUCAGCGUCACGUUACCCAGUCGUCAGGAGGAACAGGUGGAACCCGCAAGUUCAAGUGUACCGAAUGUUCCAAGGCCUUCAAAUACAAGCACCACCUGAAGGAGCAUCUGCGCAUUCACAGCGGUGAGAAACCCUAUGAAUGCUCAAACUGCAAGAAGCGAUUCUCCCACUCAGGCUCCUACAGCUCCCACAUCAGCAGUAAGAAGUGUGUGGGUGCCGCACCCCCCAACGGUGUCGCUCGGACGUCGAUCAAACCCCCCCCACCCACCACCCAGACCACACCUGUUGCAAUCGCCCCGGCCCGCAUCAUCCUUAAAGAGAAGACUGAGAGUAAGCCCCUUCAGGAGCAGCUCCCCAUCACCCAGAUCAAAUCUGAACCUGUGGAAUACGCAUGCAAGCCUGUGACGGCGGCAACAGCUACUUCAGCUGGUACCAAUGGGGUGGUGAACGGAGGGGUCGCUGCGCCCGCUGCGGCCCCGGCUGCAGCCCUUCCUCAGGGUGUGGCUAUGGUCGUGCCAACAGUGGGCCUGAUGUCGCCCAUCAGCAUCAAUCUGAACGAUUUGCAGAAUGUGCUAAAGGUUGCCAUGGACGGAAACGUGCUCAGGCAGGUGCUGGGCACAGCCAACGGGGUGGUGACGCAGGGGAAGCAGGGAAUUGUAGUCCAGCAGCCGCAGCAGCAGAUCAUCAGCCUGCCGGCUUUCGUGGAUCACGACGGCACCACAAAGAUCAUCAUAAACUACAGCAUCAGCCCUGCAGCCGGCACCACUGCCACUACCCAACCGCUUGUAGUCAAAAACAAUCCCCCUCUCACUGUGACUAGCACUGCUGCAGCCCCUUCCCCCUCCAACACCGAUAAACCCUCGACCCCGGAGGUGGCUGAUCUCUCAAUCGUCAAGACGGAGCCAGAAGAUUCAGUGCCCGUCUCAGAGGAGACAGAGGCGGCCUCACGGACAGAAUUGGACAAUUUUGAAUCUUCAGACUUUGCUCAGUUGCCAAAAGCCAACAUCACCAGUACAUGUUUACUAUGUGAAGACUGUCCUGACAACCUGGAGGCGCUGCACCUCCUCCAGCAUCGCAAAGCAGCCAACGGGGAGGCAGUUGACUCUGCCGCCCUGGACCCCUCGUUCGCUGCUUUGCUCAGCGAGGCAGGAGUGACGCUGGAGGAGCCGCCUGUGGAAGACAUCGUCUCACUCCUCAAGACCUACUUCGCCUCAAACGCCAACCCCAGCGAUAAAGAGCUGACAAAGAUAUCAGAGGAUGUUAAUAUUCCCAUGGACGUGGUCAGAAAGUGGUUUGCCAAAAUGAAAAAAUUCGGCAAAAGCCACAGUAACACUAAUGCAGCGAUUUCCAAAAAGACUCGGACCAGAAACUCCCUCCCAGCAGACACUUUGAAUCAGAACGGAGAGGGAGACGACGACCAAGUCCCAACACAUUCUGGAAGCACUUCUCCUUCAGACUCCACGUUACAAAGCCUCAACAACGGGGACCUGGUCAUCGUUAAAAGCGAGCCAGAAGACCCAGAAGACCCGGAGUCACAGGCACAGCCCCUGGACCUGUCGCUUCCUAAACAUGUCGCUGCUGCAAGGAAAAUCAAAAUUAUCAAGCCUCUGGUGAAACAGCAGGAGCAGCCUCUGAACCUGACCUGCCUGAGGAAGGAGCAGCUCGGCGGCCGAACCAUCUACGUCACCACAUCUCAGAGCGGAACCCCGGUCAACAUCGUCACUGCCGCACAGCUGCCCACGUUAGUGGCCAUUGCUGGUCAGAGCACGGUUCGUUGCAUCAGUGCCAUCAACACGACAACGAAGCGAACCAUCCUCAUCCCCCAGCUCACCUACACCUACGCCACCACGCCCGGCAACGCCUCCGGAGCAAAGACUGUCGUACUCAACGGCCACAAGGAGGAGAAACGUUUGGACAGCAGCUCAGACGGUUUGUCCACAGUGGAGGAGCAGAGCGACUUGGAUUCAGCCGCGCUGAUGAAGAAGCGACGGAUGGAGAACGGCGUCUACCCCUGCGAUCUUUGCUCCAAGGUCUUCCAGAAGGGCAGCUCCCUGCUCAGGCACAAAUACGAACACACAGGAAAACGGCCUCACGAGUGCACCAUCUGCAAG